UGUUCCACCAGUUAUCUGUAGUUCCCAAAUUGCAGAUUUAUUGUCGAGAGAUGUACCUUCAAGUCUAUUAAUACAUUCUAACUACAAUUCUAUCGAAGAUAGAGUGCGUCAAAGGCAUUUUCCUUCUCAAGUUUUUGAAUCAUCUCCACCUAAUAUACAUCUUCAAACAUACUCUGCUUUUCAACAGAAUUCUUCAGCUCAUCGACAAUUUCAAAAAGAUUUUGUGGAAAAUGAAUUUGGUCAUGCUUGUGACAUUUGCGACAGACUGUGGUUUAGAAAAGAUUUGAAAUAUUUGCAGAAUAACGAUGCAACUCCAAAUAUUGAAUUUAUAAGAACAUUGCUCUCAAACACUGCUAUACUGAAAAUAAAAAUAUGUUCGACUUGCUUUGCUGUAGCCAUUCAAAAGCAACAUAUCCCACCACUAUCAGUUUACAAUGGAUUCAAAUAUCCACCACUUCCAGACUGUCUUAAAGACUUUCCUUUGGAUUUGGUAACUGAAAGGUUUAUCUCGCCAAGGAUUCCAUUUAUGCAAAUUAGAAGGCUUCGGCAUAUUCACGGUCAAUAUGGAAUAUACGGGCAGGUGAUAAAUGUUCCAAUUGAAGUAAACACAAUGGUGCAUCAGUUACCAAGACAAGUGGAUGAUGAUCAUGCCAUAACAGUUCACAUUAAAAGGAAAAAAAUUCACAAAUCUAGCUACGUGUAUAGUAUAGUGACAAAGAGAAAAAUAAAAGUGUGGUUACGAUAUUUAAAGGAUACUCCUCUUUACAAGUCCUACGGCGUUUUAGUUGACGAUGGAUUUUUGAACGAUACAAGUUAUGACGUUGAAGAUGAAAUUAUCUUUGAUGAAGAUGGCGACAAUGACAUUUUAGAACAAAUACCCAUCGAGGAAAGUUUAAUGGCACAGCAGCAAACAUUGAUGUGGAACGACGAUAUAUACUUGAGAAUCGCUGCAGGCGAAGGUAAUGCUCCAAAGAGUUUGCUAUUUGAUGAACAUGCUGAAGAAUUAUCUUUUCCACAAAUAUAUUUGGGGCAAUUAAGAGAAUUUAGGCAUGCGGUCACACCCUUCAUGAUGGCUACAAGUGAACUAAGGAGAUCUGACAGACGAGGAGUAACCCCUCAACACUUGUUGUACAUGGCUAUGAAUAUAAUGAGAAUUAGAAUUAAGGAAUCUCUUCAUAGUGCAUUCAAGCAUGUCGGCCAAGGUAUUGCAAUAACUAAAGAGCAAAUACAAUCUGAUGAUUAUAUCCACGGCUGCAUUGAAACUAAUUUGGCAUUCCUUCGUUCUAUUCCGAAUUCAGCAUAUUAUUGGUCAGAAAGAAAAAGAGAUCUUUUUGCUAUGAUUCGGCAAUACGGUAAGCCAACUAUUUUCUUUACCAUAAGUGCUAAUGAAAUUGGAUGGCCUAAAUUAUUACAAUUGUUGCAUAAUUUGAAAAAUAAUGCGGAAAUAUCGGUUGAAGAGGCUGCAGAUUUGCAUUUUAUUGAGAAAAGCACUCUUAUUAAUGAAGAUGCCGUGACAUGCGCUAUAUACUUUAAUAAGUUAGUCGAAAUUCUUUUAAAAAUAUUAAAAUCAAAAAGGCACAGUCCUUUCCAAAAAUACAGGAUUUUGCAUUACUUUAAAAGAAUUGAAUUUCAACAUCGAGGUAGUCCACAGGCGCAUAUUUUAGCUUGGUUAGAUAAUGCCCCGGAAGACACCCUUAACAGAGAUUAUAAUGAAGCUAUCGAUCUUAUCGAUUUUCUGAUAUCAGUAUCUGCUGCCGAGGCUUCUGGUGAUAUCCGAUUACAAACUCAUAAGCAUACUUUUAUUUGCUAUAAAGGUAAAGCAUCGAGACGACAACAAAAAUGUAGAUUUGACGCUCCGUUUAUGCCAGUUAAGAAAACCAUGAUUUUGACGCCUAUGCCAGAUACAGAAAAUGGAUUCCAACAGUACAAGGCUAAAUAUAAUUCAAUCCAAAAAAACUUGGAAAAAUACGAAUACAAUGGUUUUCAAUCGUUCUACGAUGAAAAUGGUAUUGCUUCAGAUGACGAAUAUGUCAAAAUUAUUCGAGCAGGAAUUAAUAGACCACGAGUUUUUCCAAAACGUGAACCAUGUGAAAAGUGGAAUAAUCCAUUUAAUCCAUUCAUAUUGAACGUUGUCAGAUCCAACACUGAUUUCCAAUUUAUAACUGAAGAAUAUUCUUGUGCCGCUUACGUGGUCGAAUAUGUUAACAAAACUAACAGAGGUGUUAGCAAUUUACAAAGACAAAUAAUUGAAAUAAUGGAUGAACAUCCUGAAUUUAAUUUAUUUGACAUUACUAAAAAUAUUAGCAUUAAUCUUUUGAACCACACAGAGAUGACGAGUCAAGAGGCUGCAUGGUAUUUAUUGAGAGAGCCAGUGUCAAAAAGUUCAACUGUUAUUGUCUAUAUACCAACCAUUUGGCCGGUCGAAAGGCAUAGAAUAAAGAAGACAAUUAAAGAAUUAAGUGAACUAGAAGAUGAUUCAACCGACGUAUGGAAGGAAAAUUGGUUCGACAAGUAUGAGAAGAGGCCUGAAGAUUUAGCAGGUAUUUCUCUUGCUCAGUUUGUUGCUAAAUAUUAUAAAAAUACCAAAGGUGACUAUGUACUCAGGGAAGAACCAAAAGUUAUACGAUAUCGCAAUUAUGAUAUGGGUACAGACUACAAUGAGUAUCGGAGAGAAAUGGUUACUUUGCACCUUCCGUUCCGUCAUGAAGAAUCGGAAAUUCUUGCAGAAUCGCGAUAUCUUCAGUUAUACGAAGAAAAUGAGGCACUUAUUCUAGAUCGAAGAAAAGAGUUCGAAUCAAAUUUUGACAUCGAAAAAACAUUGAAAAUCUGCAGGGAGUUAUGUCGUGAAUACGUUUCCGAUGAUGGAGUGGAGAUUAACGAAGUCGUUGGUAGAAUUCAUAAUGAAAACCCAUUUGCUGAAUUAUAUGACAAUCCAAACGCAGAUUUAAAUGAAGGUUUACGGCUUGCGUUGUUUGAUAAGCUUGGAGCAAUUGAAAUUUAA